GAUCACGUGAUGUUUUCGCUGGGUCGUAGUGAUGUGUAGCCACCAUGAGUGAAGGGGAGAAAUAAAGCUUGAUCAUGGCAGCGCGUGAUUUCGGUGCUUCUGCAGAGGUGCCGCGUUUUGUCCUGCGUUUUGUGCUGAAGAUACACCGGGACACGGCGUCAGACAGCGGCGAGGAUUAUUACCUGAACGAGUGAACCUCAUCUUGGAGCUAUAAUCCUCUCUCUCUCUCUCUCUCUCUCUCUUACUCUCUCUCUCUCUCUCUCUCUCUCUCUCUCUUCCCCUUCACUCCCUCCCAAAAAUGGGCCGUGCGUCAGUGUAACUGAGGUAAAGUGACCUUUAAUUUCAUCGUCCCAUGGAAGAUCUCCGCGAUAACGGCGUUAUGUUGGCGCUGGAGGCGCAGCCGCGUCGUGUUGUUGCAAAAACGGCGGCGGUCGCGACCAGCGGAGAGCCUUCAUCCUCCUCCUACUCCUCCUCCUCCUCCUCCUCCUGCUGCUCAAUCAAUAACGGUGGCUCGCGCUUGCCCGUGCACUCGACGGCCUCUGCUCAUCAUCAUCACCACCACCACCAUCACCACCACCACCACCCCCAUGGUGUUCCUCCGAGGAGACACCCGCCACCUUACCACUUCAGAGUUCAUCAUCUUUUCCCAGAGGAGAACGCUCAGGAUCCUGUGGUGAGGAAACACCUCCCCGCGCUCCAGUACAAGGUGCACGACUCUGCCUUCUGCCGUGUCCUCAGCACGGACACCACCGCUGCUGCUCUGGCCGCCGCCGCCGCCGUGUGCUCGGGCAGUGUGGACGCUGAUGUGUGGAAGUGUGGAUAUCUGAGAAAACAGAAACAUGGACACAAGAGGUUUUUUGUGUUGAGAGGACCCAGCAACCUUGGGCCCAGUCGGCUGGAGUACUAUGACAGUGAGAAAAAAUUCCGAAAUGCACUUAAAGCUGCUGCCUCCACUGCCGGUGUAGUGUGUCCUCCUAAGAGGGUUAUUUACCUAUCCCAGUGUUUCACAGUCAACAAGAGGGCUGACGCUAAGAACAAAUACCUCAUUGCUCUUUAUACUAAAGAUGAGUAUUUUGCUAUGGUGGCUGACAGCGAGCAGGAGCAGGAGGACUGGUACCUGGCCCUCACAGAACUGAUGACCGAAGGCAAAAAGGGGCAGCUGGACACGGACGAGUUAGAUGAUGGCUAUGGGACCAUUUCACCUGGGACCAUUUUUAAGGAGGUGUGGCAGGUGAAUGUGAAACCCAAAGGUCUGGGGCAGACCAAGAAUUUAAUGGGGGUGUACCGGCUGUGCCUUUCCGCCAAGACAAUUCACCUGGUGAAGUUAAAUUCCGAGACCCCUGCUGUGAACCUGCCCUUGAUGAACAUUCGCCGUUGUGGACAUUCGGAAAGCUUUUUCUUUAUAGAGGUGGGACGCUCUUCUUCUAUCGGCCCAGGUGAGAUCUGGGUACAAGUGGAAGACUCUGUAGUGGCUCAGAACAUGCACGAGACCAUUCUCGACACUAUGAAGGCUUUGAAGGCCUUUCCAGACUUCAGACCACGGAGUAAGAGCCAGUCCUCCGGAUCCAACCCCAUACCAUUUAUCACGACACGCCGCCACUUUGGCAAUCUCCCUCCCAGCCAGACAGGGCUCCAGCGUGCCUCCAGAACCGAUUCGGUGACGGGCAUUCCUCCUACAGGAAAGAGUAAAGGCGUGACAGGACAGCGCUACCGUACAUCCAGCGAAGGUGAGGGCACAUCAGAUCGACCUCUCAGCUCGGGCACGGGCAGCUUGUUGCACCUAAACACACCCUGCCUGAAUGUGGGCCGGGAGGAGAGUGGUGGCUGCUGCUCCCACGCCUCACCUGCAUCUGCCCAUCACACUCGCUCCGCCUCUCUCCCCGUAUCGCACUUCCUGUCUGCUACCAGUCCCAUCAGCGUUUCCAGCAGCAGUGGCCACGGUUCAGCCUCAGACACGCAUACACGACCCUCCAGCUCCUCCAUCUGUGGCUCUCCCAGUGACGGAGGCUUUAACUCCUCUGAUGAGUUCUGUCCCAGCCCUUGUGACUUUAGAUAUUUCCGUGCAAGCAGCAGUACACCUGAACCACACAGCGACACUCCGCCCAUUAGGGAGGAGAAUCGACUAGCAGACUACAUGGCCAUGGAUUGGUACAAAGAUGUGCAGGGCGGAGCCAGGACUUUUGAGGAGGAGAGCAGUUAUAUGGAAAGAACUUUUCUUAAGCUCACACAUUAUGCCAAGCCAAAACCCGGUAACAGUUUAGGUGUCAUGCACCAGAAAGCGACACAGACUUCAUCUUCAUUAGAUGAACCGAGCCCUGUGGAGUCAAAACGGCACGCUGUCUGCUCCUGCCUUCUUAAAGCAGGCUAUAAAUCUUACUCUGAGUUACAUCACCCAAACAGGCCUCCCUCACUCAACUCAGACGGUCAGAAGAAACUGCCUAAGGAUGAUGGCUACAUGCCUAUGAUAUACGGCAUCGUCCCCUCUCCUCAUCCAGAUUACACCCCUAUGCAACCCAGAACAAACCCCCUGGCCUCCCUGCACCUUCAUCCCUGCUCUUUACAGCAGGUGGACAGACAUGGUUACAUGAUGAUGCUGCCACAAGACAGCCCUUCUCCUGGAAUAACCAGUCCCUCUAGCAGGAGCCAAAACGAAUAUGACGAUUAUAUGGACAUGUCCCAGGUCGGCUCUGCUGAAGGCUACAGGCAGGCUUCCCCUGAAGGCCCCAAGUCUUAUGGCUCUUAUUUCUCCCUUCCGCGCUCUUACAAAACCCCGUGUCGAGAGGAUCGCAGAAAAACGGAAUAUGUUCCAGAGUCACCGGUUGAACCUCUGAGCCCUUCCAGUCCAGGAGACUACAUCCACAUGGAGUUUGGAGACAGGCCUCUUCACGCAGGCUCCUCAUCGUCCCCAUCAGCAGUGGAUUCCCCCUCUGUGCCAAGUUCUCAGCCUUGCUAUCAGCUGUGCUGCUCCUCACCUGACCACGACUACAUGGGUCUAAAUAUGGACAACCUCCUGAAGAACCGUCCUCCUCGCCACUCUCUCGUAGCUCCGUGGAACCCUCCAAAUUACGCACGCCCCUUAGGAUGCACCUACGGCCAGGUGCAGAGUGACUUUGUCCCUAAGAACAUCCACAGAGAAGCUGAGAGUCCGUCUAGGAUGAUACAGCACCUUUGUGUCACUGAAAGGUCACCCAGCCCUCAAAGUGAGCCUAAGGUCAUUAGGUCAGAUCCACAGGGCCGGAGGAGACACAGCUCAGAGACCUUCCACCCUUGUGCGGGUGGAUGCGCUGCCAGAUCCUCUGCCAUCGUGAAUCUUGUAGAAGGCUGUCGAUGGCAGAAUUCGGCCUCGUUUGAUAGCGUGUGGUCUUACACAGAAGAUCAAGUUUCUCCGGACUCUGUUCUCCUCACUGCUAACUGUGCCACUGGAGGAACGUGCUGCAACGUUUCAUCCAGCUACCUCAACUACAUCGCUCUGGACCUGAGGGAAGUCCCAAGGAUGACCCAUGAUGCCACACCUCCACACCCAGCUCACGGUACACACGAGGAGAACGAGGCCUGUGCUUGUUUGGAUUUAUCCAAGUCUGGAGGACACACCACUGCCUCCAAAGAUUGAAGGUGCUGUAUGCUGGGAGGAAAUCAGAAUUUUGGAAAUCCAGUGGACUCCAGAAUGCAGAAGAGGAAGCUGCCUCAUCCUCAUCCUCCUCCUCUUCAUCAGACCUCCAACUGCAAAGACUGAAUAAACUACUCAGCCUCUCUUGCUCUGUAUCUCCUACAUAACUGCCUCAGACCGGUUCCAUUUUUAUUGUUCAGUUAACACACACUUGUGUUAUUGUUUACGUGAGCGACUGCGCUGAUCGUGAGUCCAAAAUCCGAGCUGUGAACUUCAUCAGACUUCGAGCACUUACUAAUCUCCGUCACGUUCUUCUUCACAGUCCUCACACAACCUGCUGAAUCACUGUAAAUACGAGGUGCUUGUGUAUCAAAUGAGAUUUUGUAAAAUGUGCCAACUACUUAGUAGUCCCCUACACACACACACACACACAUCUCUUUGUUUAUUUAGAUCGAUUUGUAUUUCUGAGAAUGGUGUAUUUUUUUUGGGCGGGGGGGGAUCCUACACAUUAGUUACCAAGGGAUUCACACUGGCCACACAGACACACACCAUCUUCAAAGUGAGACUAGUUAAUAUAUUGAAUCCCGUUGAGGACUUGGAUGCGCUAUAUAUAUAUAUAAUAUUCAUUAUAGCUGAAAUUUCUGAUGGCGUCACAUUUGGGAUGAAUCCUGUUCCCAGCGUGCGAGUGUUCAGAUGUCCGCUGGUUCCUAUCAGCAUUGGCUAAAACACUUUAGAAGGUCCAUGGCUGCUGCAGAAGCACGUAUGUGUCUCCUGAAGCAGUGGACUGCAGUGAUGUUUAGCGAGUGUUGUAUAGCGUAUCCGAGCCCUCAGAAGCUUCCCCUCCGGGAGCGUGGGAGAAAAAUCUCACUGAACGCAAACCACAAACUCACACAUAGCACUUUGUAGGUAUUAGAUAAAAAGAAAUAAAAACUAAGACAGUGUUUCUGAUUCACAUCGUCACUACCUCCAGUCCAGAUCACUGGAAAUCGAUUCAGUAAAUCUGUCUCGCUCUGAGAAAAGGAUAAAGGUGUAAUCACCUGGAAUCCCUUUAGAUGUAAAGUCUGAGUUUUUACACACACACUCACUCACACACACACACACACAUUAUUUCUUUUUGUAUUUGGAGUAUGAAAGGACACUGAGCAACAUCUUUUCAUUCCGUUGUAUGUUCUGUUUAUUUUCAGAUUUGUAUUUAUUUUCUGUGAAAAUGCUGCAGAUGAGUUGUUUUUUUUGUUUGUUUUUUACUGUCUUCAGUUUCAGCCUGAAAACGAAAAGAAAACAACAAAAAAAAGAGAAAGAUGUUUACUGAAUUGUUCCUCUGAUCCACGCAGGUGAAGUCCACGCUGUCUCCAUGGAGCACACUGUAGCCUCCGCUUCCUCUCAGUGCUCUGUUCUGAUCUCUGCUGCAUUCAUUCGGUUAUUUAUUUAUUUAUUUAUUUAUUUAUCGAUUGAUUGAUUGAUUGAAUCGGAUACGGUUCCGUUCACUGCACACGGCGCCGUCUGUACAGAGCCUCGCUGGGUAACGUGUUGCUUACAGAAAAGGAGAUGUUCAUGUAAAUAAUGAAGUUAUUUAAGACCAUGUGUUUUCUCAAAUAAUUUUGUCUCUAUUUAUUUAUUUACUUAUUUUUGAUUUAUUUAUUCAUUUAUUUAUUUAUUUCUCCCUGAGGGAUAUUCCCAGUCCCUUCCUUGCCUGUACCUGAAAGCUUUAUAAGAAGACGUGUUGGCUAGAGGUCGUGGUGGAAAGCUGUGUAGUGAGAAGUGUUUAGCUUUGCAGUAGUCGUCCAGAUUGAUGUUGGGACAAAAAAAAAAAGAAAACAAAAAACCCCACGCUGUAUGUCAGUGAGCUUUCCAUUUGUUUCCGUGGCGCUCUGGCAGCCAUUCUUCUUUCUUUGACUAGCAUUUAUGUCACGCUAUUGUGUCAUGAUAUUGCGUUGCUUUUAAUGUAUGUAAAUGUGAUGUGGGAUUGAGGGAGGGGUGAAGAAUACUAACAGUCCUCUACUGGUUUUGGGAACUUUCCUACACAAUAACUGCAGUAAUGAGCUGAAAAAGAUCCACGCUUGUGUUUGUUUUUUUUAUUUUGUACUUUCAGAUCUUUCCAGGAUCUAGAAUUGGGGAACCUGAUAUUGUAAUCAGUAGAAUCAUGUUAUUGGCCUUUUUUAAUUUACCUCGUUGUUUUAGGGGUUUGUUUCUUUUUAAGGAAGAGAGCAGCAAGAAAAAAAAUGAGCUGAACUGGGCAGAGUGUGUGAUGAUGAUUUGUAUUUCUUUUCUCUCGAGGAUUCCAGUCAAUGCUCACAAUCUCCUGCUUAAAAAAAGUCUGUGAUUGAACCAUGCUGGUAGAAUCGGAUCAUUCGAAACACUGUCUUCCUUUGUAAAUAUUGUAAUUUUUUGAUAUCCCUUUCUCUUGUUGAUCAUGCUACACAGCACCCACUGUCCCUGAUCUCAGAAUGAGGGUGUCUGAGGAUUUUUUGUCGGUUCUACAUUUUUAUAUUUUAUUUUUGGUGUAUAUUUAACAAAUUGGGUUUUGCUUGUCAUAGAGCUAUUGCAAUAAAAAAAAGUGCCAAGGUAUUCCUGACUGGGACUGGUGUUUGUGUGUUUUCCUAUCAGAUGUUUGUGAUCCAACAUGAUGCAACAUUGCUCCAAGAUGUGUUAAGACCAGAGAUUCCCAUCUAAACAUCACCGACACAACCGUGCGGUUAUUAUGGAGCAGAUUGCUGAACACUGCCCUCUGCUGGACAAACUGAUGGCCAGAUCUUCUUCACCUGCGUGUUUUUUGUACGUCAUGCUACUGACACACGAUUGGCUGGAUGGCAGGACAAGCAGGUGUGCUUGUGUUUCUAAUAAAUUGGCCAGUGAAUGUAAAU